AUGUCCAAAGUCUCCGCGGCGCCAGUUUUGGCGACUACGGCAGCCGCCUCUUUCCUGUAUGCACGCCACGCUGAGUUGCCCAUCGCCUCUACUGUUGCGAUCUCGCUGGCUGUUGUGUUUCCUUUGUAUGUCGUCGUCUGGCUCAGUUGGUUAUUCCCCUUCCACUUCUCUGAGCUAAGGCACGUCCCUACCGUGCCCGGUUUCCCUCUCUGGGGACAAUUCGUCGAAAUCAUCACGCAAGAAUGCGGUGUCCCUCAGCGACAAUGGCACAAGCAACACGGUCCCAUCGUCAGAUACUUCUUUCCUUUUGGCGCUGAGCGUCUCUCUGUUGCCGAUGAUGAGGCAUUGAAGCAGAUGACUGUCAAGAACCCAUAUAACUACCCUAAGCCAGUCCGUGCCAAGCUUUGGAUGGUCCGCAUCUUGGGUGAUGGCGUUCUGUUAGCUGAAGGCCAGGAGCAUGUCCACCAACGCAAGUCGCUCGCUCCCGGUUUCUCAAUUCAAUCAAUUCGCGCUCUUAGCCCGGUCUUCUGGGAGAAGUCGCUUCUCCUUGCUAAGUGCUGGCGGGAUGAGAUGACCGCCGCGAAAGUUACCACAAAGUCAUUCGAGGCUCUUGAAUGGCUCAACAGGACCACCCUCGACAUCAUCGGCAGCGCCGGCUUUGGCUACGACAUCAACUCGCUUCAACACCCAGAGGCCCCCAUCCGUGAGGCUUACCGACUUGUCUUCGCAUUCGACCUUCUAUCUCGCGUCAUGCACGGUAUUCAAGCCUUCAUUCCAGCUUCUAAGUACAUCCCUGUCAAAAUGAACCGGGAUAUGCAAACUUCUCGAGAAAUUAUCGUGGACAAAGCCACUGAGAUCAUCACUGAGAAGCAAGAGCAAGCCGAGAAUAACACCGGCGGAAAGGACAUUCUUGCUCUAAUUGCCCGGGAAAACAAGAAGAUGAAAGCCAUGGGUGAAGCCGGUCUAUCCUUCGAGACUAUGCGCGACCAGAUCAUGACAUUCUUAGGUGCUGGUCACGACACUACCGCCACUGGUGUUGCCUGGACACUCCACUUACUCUCUACCCACCCUGAGAUCCAGUCCCGCCUUCGCGAGGAAAUCAAGGACUACAUGCCAUUCCUAUUCGACAAAGACACGCGCUUCGACCCCGAGCAAAUUGCCACCGCCGAUGCUGACCAACUACCCUACCUGGACAACGUCUGCCGCGAGUCACUCCGAUAUAUCCCGCCUAUUCCCAUGACGGUUCGUCAAUCAAUUGCCGACGACCAAUUGGGCCCCUACAAGAUCCCCGCUGGCACCGUUAUCUACGUCCUAGCCAACGCCAUCAACCGUCUACCCAUGUACUGGGGACCGAACGCGGACGUAUUCGACCCAGACCGGUGGGAAGACCUACCUAAGACCUUCACUGCCAACGCUUUCAUGACUUUCCUCCAGGGGCCUCGCGGUUGCAUCGGUCGCAAGUUCGCUGAGACCGAAAUGAAAGUCCUGCUCUGCUGCUUGCUCUCCAUGUACGAGUUCAAGCGCGACUUCGAUGUACCUGACCCCGAGGACUGGAAGAUGUGGCGUUUAGUGCUACGGCCAAAGGAUGGCGUCACCCUUAAGGUCACCGCCAUCUAA